UCUCGUAUAAGUAAUGCAUGUACCUUAGUGUAGAUUAGGGUUGCGUUGGGCCUUGGGCCUGAGAUUAGUUGUGAUCUAAUUGGAUAGCGGAUCUCAUCUGGACCGAGAUCUCCUCAGAUCAGUUAUGAUCUGGUUAAGUGAUGAGCUGACGUCACGUAGCGCGUAUCCGAGGUCGUCAUGUGCUGCGAUGCCGAGCUGGGAGCUCGGCCUUGCAGUACGGAUAGUACACCACCUUCACUAGAGUUCAGUGAAGAGAGCAAGGAUGAGAAGUGGGAUAACAUACUUAGUUGGUUAGAUAAACAGGAAAAAAGAUCGGUGAUUUAUGUAGCAUUUGGAAGUGAGGUGACACUAAGUGAUGAAGACUUUACUGAAAUUGCUAUGGGAUUAGAACAAUCUGGUUUUUCCUUUUUUUGGGUUCUAAAGAAGCAAAACACCUCUUCUAGUAGUGACUCAUUUGAGAGUGAGUCAAAGAGGGGAAUGGUGUGGAGAACAUGGGCCCCACAAAUAAGGAUUUUAGCACACAAGAGUGUUGGGGGAUUCUUUACUCACUGUGGUUGGAGUUCAGUGAUAGAGGGUCUUCAAGUUGGGUGUCCACUUAUUAUGUUGCCCUUCCAAAAUGAACAAUUCUUAAUUGCUGGGAGAAUGGAGGAGAAGAAGGUAGGGGUCAAAGUAGACAAGAAUAAGCUUGAUGGGAAGUUCACUAGGGACUCGGUGGCCAAAGCAUUAAGACUCGUGAUGUCCAAAGAGGAAGGAAAAACUUAUAGAAGACAAGCAGAGGGGAUGAGCAAGAUAUUUGGGAACAAAGAACUGAACCAAAAAUAUAUUGAUGAGUUUGUUGAUUAUAUGGAAAUCCAUAAGCCUGUCGUUAAGGUAUAACACUUAAACUAAUCUAUCAUACAUCAUAAUAUGUGAUUUCCGAUUGAUGCAAUGAAGUAUUGGACUGAUGAACAUUCCCAUUUCAUAAGUGUGUUAAUAAAAUUUUAGCUUCACAAUGUUACAAAUAUUCAGAGUGAAAUGUAAUUCCUUUGCUCUAUUGUUGCAGUAUAAAGAUCCUAGCAUUUCA